AUGGAGACCAAGAAAUCUGAAGAGCUGGAAAGGCCUUGGAGGAAGACAGUAAGUAGUCCUUGGAAGGGCAAAGAUCUAAGAACUAUUCCAUUGCCAGAGAUGUUCUCUGAAGAUGAAGAGACAGAGAGUUCGGAGCUAGCAACCCAAGAAAACAAGUCGGAAAGAUGCUCCAUUCCCAUCCGAAGGGAUUCCAUGUACUGUCACACCAUGAGACUUAGAAGACAAAACAAGAAUUACCACCAAGUUUCAGAUUCACCUGGAAAAGGGAAUCCUACAAAUGACCUUCUGAGCUUAGUGUUACCAGGCCAUAGGAAGCCACCUCUCACAGCAGCCCUGGCUGCAGAAGCUCCAAAAGCCCAAAGUGUCCAGAGACCAUGA